AUGGAUGGUAUAUUGACUCAAUUAGACAGGUUGGAUUACAAGCAGUUUGUGGAGGGGUUUACCAUCAUCGUCUAUGUUUUUGAACAGUAUCUCAAUUACCGUCAAUACACUCGCUACUUGAUGCCAAAGCGUCCUAGUGAGCUGGCUGAUAUCGUCACUGAAGAAGACUUCAAAAAGGCACAAUUGUACAAUUAUGACAAGUCCAGAUUUUCCUUUGUCGUAAACUUUUGGAAGCUCGUUGAAACUGUGUUGAUGCUUCAUUAUGAUGGACUUCCCAAAAUCUGGGAUAUUGCUGGUAAUAUAUUGUUCAAGGUUGCUGGUUACGGUGCUGAAUAUGAGAUUCUUCAUUCACUUGUCUUCCUCACCCUCUUCACCUUGAUCUCCACCAUCACAUCGAUGCCUUUCAGUCUAUAUUCCACCUUUGUUGUCGAGCAACGCCAUGGAUUCAACAACCAAACCCUCAAGCUGUACUUUGUCGAUCUCUUGAAGUCUCAACUCAUCAUGGCAGUGCUCAUGUUCCCUUUCAUGUCAGCAUUCCUGUGGAUCAUCAAGUCCACUGGUGACAACUUUUUCUUUUAUGUUUGGUUGAUCGUCAUGGCCUUCCAACUCAUCAUCAUCACUGUGUAUCCCACCUUUAUUCAGCCCUUCUUCAACAAACUCACGCCUAUGGAAGAUGGUGAAUUAAGAACUCGCAUUGAGGAAUUAGCAGCUCGCAUCCAUUUCCCUCUGAAGAAAUUGUACGUCAUUGAUGGAUCCAAGCGUUCUGGUCACUCUAAUGCCUAUUUUUACGGUUUUGGCAAGAACAAGCACAUUGUCUUGUACGAUACCUUGAUUGACCACUCCAACACGGAUGAGAUUUGCGCUGUAUUGGCUCACGAACUCGGUCAUUGGAAGAUGGGCCACACGCUCAAGUUACUUGCUGUCAACCAAGUGUACUUGCUGUCCAUUUUCUGGUUGUUCUCCUUCUUUAUCCACAACAAACAACUUUAUCAAGACUUUGGAUUCAAUACCAUGCCUACCUUGAUUGGUUUCUUGUUGUUCCAGUUCAUCUAUUCCCCCAUUGAAAGUGUGAUUGGAUUCUUGCAACAUGUGUAUCAACGCAAGAACGAAUACGAGGCUGAUGCCUAUGCUCUCAAGUUGGGUUAUGCCUCAACCUUGCGUAGUGCUUUAAUUAAAUUGAGUGUCAAGAAUCUUGGUGGAUUCAAUGUGGAUCCUUGGUACUCGGCCUGGAACCAUUCUCAUCCCAGCCUGGUAGAGAGAUUAAAGGCUCUUGGUAUUGCUCCUACUCAAGAUAAGCCCAUUGUGGUAGAAGACAAGAAAGAAUUGUAA